AGAGGAGUAGUAUAAAUCUAUGGGAUCAAAGAAAAUUCGAACGGAAAUUUCCAUUAGAAUAGUGAAAUGGGCUUCAGGCCCAUGUGACUGUGAAAGUGGGUUAGUUAAAUUCCCAACAAAGUCAAUGAUUUGCACCUUUGCUGGACUGGCGGGAGUGGUGCGCAACGUGCAGGCUUCAAUAAGGGUGGCGACGGCGAUGGCAAGAAUCGUAAAAAGUUGAGCUUCGCGGGGGCCAUAAACAACAUCGCCAUUACACUUUCCUCGCCUCACCGAGGCUUCGCCUCUCUUUUUAUCAGAUAACGCUGCAGAGAAUUACCAACAAAUAACAAUAAUACACCCCCGAGCUUCAUCACAAAUAACAAAACUGCCAACACCUUUUCCCAACAUUUGCACUCCAAUCUUCUGUUAUUAUCGAAAUUGCCACUACUGUACAAAUCAAGCUGAUCGAUGUUGCUCUAAUGGAGAGGAAUAGGGUGCUAACAGUCUUCGUGUUCCUCUUCUUCUUAUUCUUCUCCGUAAACGCUUCGCGUAAACGAUCUGCUGACCCGUGCAACCCAAGCGCCCAGCGGGACCCACGGACGCUCCGAUCGGACCAGGUAACGGUCCUGAUCAACGGCUACUCCGAGUCCCGCAUCCCUCUUCUCCAGUCACUCGCCGCCACGUACGCCGCGUCCCCACUGGUAUCCUCUGUGCUCGUCCUCUGGGGAAACCCCUCCACCCCGGCGCAAACCCUGGCCCGUUUGGCCCAAAAUCUCUCACUCUCCUCCUCCUUCGGCGCAGCAUCGGUCUCCCUGGUCCGCCAACCAUCAAGCAGCCUCAACGCUCGGUUCCUCCCCCGACCCUCCUCAAUCGGGACCCACGCCGUUUUGAUUUGCGACGAUGACGUGGAAGUCGAUCAGCGAUCGUUCGAGUUCGCGUUCAGAAUCUGGGGAUCGAAUCAAGACCGUCCGAUCGGGUUCUUCGUAAGAUCGCACGACCUGGAUCUGUCCAGGAAGGAGUGGAUUUAUACGGUACACCCGGACAAGUACUCGAUCAUGCUCACCAAGUUUAUGAUCUUGAAAAGUGAUUACCUGUACAAGUACAGCUGUGAAGGUGGGCCUAGGAUGGGGGAGAUGAGGAGGAUCGUUGAUGGAAUGCGGAACUGCGAGGACAUCUUGAUGAACUUUGUGGUGGCUGAUGAGACGAAUGCGGGGCCCAUACUGGUGGGGGCAGAGAGGGCCAGAGAUUAUGGGGAUGCGCGGAAUGACGGUGGUGAUGAACGGUGGGGAUUGAAGGGUGUAGGAUUGAGUAGUAGGAGAGGGGAGCAUAGGAAGAGGAGGGGAGAGUGCAUUAGGGAGUUCCAUAGGGUGAUGGGAAGAUUGCCUUUGAGGUAUGGUUAUGGGAAGGUGGUUAAUUCCGUUGGUGAACAAGGAAUGUGUGAGAAAGGGGGGCGUUUGGUGCUUUGUGAUCAAUAACAGGAAUAGCUUAUUAUGCUUUGUACUUGUUUGGGACAAUGGGACUAAAUAAAUAUUGUAAUGAAUUGUAACAGUAAUUCAGUUGGUAAUCAAGGAAAUCAA